GGAAUACACAAAAUUAUUUUAAACCACAAUGGCACCAACUCGCCGCGUCGCCGUCAUUCAAUGGAACAUCAAAGACCUCGCCAUCGACGAGAACCACCAAACAGCAUGCGCCUACAUCCGUGAUGCCGCAUCCCAAGGCGCUGAACUGGCCGUUCUCCCAGAAUACCACCUAACCGGCUGGGCCCCCUCCAACCCAACCUGGACUGCCCUCGCCUCCAAAACAACUCCCUACCUCGAAGCAUACCAAUCUCUUGCCCGUGAACUCAACAUCUGCAUUGUCCCCGGUACCAUCGUCGAACACCAUGGCCCUUCCCCGACACAGCAACAACCACUCCUCUACAACACCGCCUACUUCAUCUCCAACGACGGGAGUAUCCUAGGCCACUACCGCAAGAAGAACAUCUGGCAUCCUGAACGGCCCUACCUCACCUCUUCCGGGAGUGAUCCACAUGAAGUAUUCGAUACACCGAUCGGCAAGGUAGGGUUGCUUAUUUGCUGGGAUUUGGCGUUUCCGGAGGCCUUCCGGGAGUUGAUUUGUAAGGGGGCGGAGAUUGUGGUUAUACCUACUUAUUGGAGCAAAUACGACGCCUCCCCCGCUGCCCUUCAACACAACCCCAACUCCGAAGCAUUAUUCCUUGAAACGACGCUCACGGCGCGAUGCUUUGAGAAUACCUGCGGGAUUAUCUUCGCCAAUGUGGCGAGGGGAAAGGAAGACGAGAGUGAUCGGUUCUUGGGUCUGUCGAGGGUAUGUUUGCCCAUUGUGGGGACGGUGGGUGCUAUGGGGGAUGAGGAGGGCGUGAUGGUGGUGGAUAUGGAUAUGGGGGUGGUGAGGAUUGCGGAGGAGAAUUAUCGUGUUAGGGAGGAUUUGGCUAAGGAGGGGUGGUAUUAUACGUAUAGGCAUCAGAGGUAA